AUGAAUAGCUUGGCUUUAGUUGGUCUUGCCGUAUUGGCCUUGUUCAUGAGUUGUCUAUCAAAAAUUGCGGAAUAUAUAAGGCUAAUAAAAUGGUCAACGACAGUACCAGGACCUACAGUUGGUGAACUUAUGGAGAAUGCUAAAAAAGGACAAAUUCUCAACUGGUUCAAGGAGUUGCGUAAAAAACAUGGAGCCACCUUCCGCAUUUGGAUGGGUAAGGAUUUGGUGAUAUUCUUCACCGAUCCAGAUGAUGUCAAGCAAUUGUUGAGCAACAAUACGCUGUUGCACAAAUCGAGUAAUUACAGAAGUUUGGAACCAUGGCUGGGAAAGGGCCUGUUGACAAGCAGUGGUGAAACAUGGCACAGAAGAAGGAAGCUUUUGACUCCAGCUUUUCAUUUCCGUAUUUUGAGUGAAUUCAAAGAACCCAUGGAAGAAAAUUGCAAAAUUUUGGCUAGCCGUCUAAAGGAGAAAUGUAAUGGCACCGAAGAAUUCGAUAUCUAUCCCUAUAUUACAUUGUUCGCCUUGGAUGUUAUUUGCGAAACCGCAAUGGGUAUUAAGAAAAAUGCCCAACUACAAUCAGAAUCGGAAUAUGUUAAGGCUGUCCAGAAAAUUUGUCACAUCCUGCACAUGAAAGCCUUCUCGGUGUGGCAGCGGGUCAAUCCUUUCUUCCAAUACACUGAAGCUGGUCGUCAACGUGAUGCUUGCCUUAAGAUUUUACACGACGAAACCAACCGUGUCAUCAAGUUGCGUCGUAAAAUGUUAGAAGAUGCCAAAAUUCAAACAAUGUCCGAUGCUCAAAACUCCCUCGACAACGACAGUGGAAAUAAAAAACGUUUCGCUUUUCUCGAUAUGCUGCUGAUCUCACAAAUGGAGGGUGUUGAUCUGACAGAUCGUGAAAUACGUGAAGAAGUUGAUACGUUUAUGUUUGAGGGUCACGAUACCACAAGUUCGGCCAUUGGUUUUGCCAUCUAUUUCCUAUCACAAAAUCCUGAGGUGCAACAGGAAGCCUAUGAGGAAUGUAUGGCUUUGGAGGGUAAUGAAAAAGACAAUAUGCCAUAUUUGGAAGCUGUCAUUAAGGAAACACUCCGUCUGUAUCCUUCGGUGCCCACAUUUGCCCGUUGCAAUACUGAAGAUUUACAAAUUGGUAAAUUGACUGUACCCAAAGGAACGAACGUGAGCAUUUUAGCUCACAUUUUACAUCGUGAUGAAACACAUUUCCCUGAUCCCGAGAAAUUUGAUCCUCAGAGGUUUUUGGAUAAGUCGAAUAAGAUGCAUCCAUUCAGUUAUGUGGCAUUCAGUGCUGGACCACGUAAUUGCAUUGGUCAAAAAUUCGCCAUGUUGGAAUUGAAAUGUUCCCUAUCCUAUCUCCUGCGUAAUUUCGAAUUUUUACCAGCCAAGGGCUUCCAACCAAAUGCUUUGCCAGAAUUGGUUACUAAAAGUGGAAAUGGCAUAAGAAUUCGCAUCAAGUCACAGGAUACAAGGAGGAAUGAACCGAUGGGUUCCUUCAAUCGACUUGAAUUAGGUUUGAUGUUGUCUUCUAUUCAUGGCCUUCCCCUUCUACGUGAACCUUAG